CUUAGAUAAUGCAUCCACGGAUGGGGAUCUCAAACUAUCCCAUAGUAGUAUUUUAUCGGGGGAAUCAACGCAUACUAUGUAGUAACUUCAUCCUUAUACGCCAAUCCGUCCAUCAUUAAUAUGGUACAUAACCCCAGCCUCUACCUAUCACGAUUCGUCAUUCUCGCCAGUCUUACCAUUCUUAUACUGCCUAGUAUACAGCUUUAAUCACCUUUAGAACAUACCUACUUAAUUAUAACCUAACCUAGGUAAAUUUAAUUUAAUUGAUGCACCGGCAGCUUGUCUCACUUCCCUCGCCAUGAAUCCACCAGAUCAACAGAUACAAUCUGAGUUGGAAAACUUUAGAGAACAAUGGCGAGCUGAAGUUUCAGCUCGUUCAAGAAAUACAGAUAGCUCACAACAUCAGCAACCGCGAGAGCAACACCAAAGACCGGCCUUAAACCAAGCAGGGUCCUCUUCAGCAUCUAACAAACCUCUCAAAAGAAAUGAAUUUACUCACCGAAAGUCUACCUCCAAGACUGUUCAACAGUUGGAAGACGAGGAUGAAUACUAUCAAGCACCAUCCUUCGAUGACCCGGAUACCGGCGCUAGCAAAACUACGGGGGAGCACAAGCUAGGCCGUCAUGAUGUCUUGACUAGCUCUAGUAAAGAAAAGGGGCCGCAAGAGCCUGAAACUGCCCUAGAUAUCUAUGAACAGGCAGUGGAAAGGGAGGCUACCGGGAUGCUCGGCGACAGUCUACAACUCUAUCGCAAGGCAUUCCGGAUGGAUGAUAAUGUCGAUCAGUCGUAUCGCAACAAACACUUCCCGGGCCGAUGGAACAAACCCGGCCAGGCUAACCCGUCCAACGCGGCCGUGACGGUUCCUAAUACCGCUCAUCACUCCCUAGAAGGCCCCACUUUAUCUUUACCAGAUCUUAUCUUCAGCUUCUCCCAGCUCAAGAUCGAGGGCGCGCCCCCUGAAUGUGAAGGUGUACCACCACCUCCAUGCCCCAUGGCCGAACUUCCCGACGAAAUUCUCAUCCACAUUCUGCGCGAUGUAGCCAUCGCGGACGUUGGCGACUUUGUCCGUUUAGCCCAGGUCUGCAAACGGUUAGCUUUCUUAGUCGCUACCGAAGACCAAAUCUGGCGGCGCAUCUGUCUAGGGACUGAGUUUGGGUUUGGUGGCAUGCAGUAUCACUGGCAGCGAGGCAUCCAAUGGGAGCCGCUCGACGAAGCGCAGGAGCUUGCCGACGAAGAUGUCUUUACCAUGGACGAGCUAGCUCAGCGGCGUCAAGAGGAAAGCCGAGCCACCACCGAUAUCCUUUGGCAUAGCCUAUAUUCGUCAUCCUGGCAGAAGAUGUUCCGUCGGCGACCCAGGAUACGCUUCAACGGGUGCUACAUCAGCACCGUCAACUAUAUCCGCUCCGGCCAAGCCUCAGCGCAUCAGGUGACCUGGAAUAGCCCCGUGCACAUCGUCACAUAUUACCGCUACCUCCGUCUCUUCCGCGACGGCACAGCCAUCAGUCUCCUCACGACCGAAGAGCCGGCGCACGUCGUGCAUCACAUGACGAAGGACAACCUGCUCCUCCACCGCGGACACGCGUCCAUGCACCUCCCCUCAGCCGUCAUGAGUUCCGCGCUCACCGGCCGCUGGCGCCUGUCCUCGUCCUCCGAUAACCCGGACGCAAGCCCCGCCGAUAUGGAAGGCGACCUGUAUGUCGAAACUGAGGGCGCCGUCGGGCCCAGGUACAUGUACCGCAUGGAGCUGACGUUCCGCGCCGCGGGAAAGGCUGCGGUGGCGAAGAUCAAUAAGCUCGCGUGGAAGGGCUUCUGGAGCUAUAAUAAGUUGACGGAUGACUGGGCGGAGUUUUCGCUUAAGAAUGAUAAGCCGUUCUUUUUUAGUCGGGUUAAGAGUUAUGGUGUUACUGGCGAAUAGUGAGGAGAGGGGGGUUGAUGUAUGGAAGUUGAUUGAUGGAUGAAGAAGAGAGAGGGAGGCCGAUAUGGCCUCCCUAUGUUGUGUUUGAGGGGGUGAUGAGGUCUUGGGGUUAUGGCAAUAGACAAACGCACAAUACGCGUUAUGAAUCACGAGAUCAUCGAAUAGAGAUAUGAACAGGUAGCAUUUAGGGAUAUUUUAUUUUACGUUACAUGUUAGUCUUCAUCCGA